AUGGAUAUUAUGUACUACACAAGUCCGCUCUACCGCCAUGAGAUUAACGAGAGCCUCCGAGUGGAACUGAAUCGGCUUUACUGCCUCUUCUGUGAGAGGCAUCCCUACUUCGAGCAACAGGGUGGAAAGGUGUCGAUUUUGGCCCACUCUCUGGGCUCUGUUAUCUCCUACGAUCUCGUUACUGGUUGGAUUGAGCCAGUAUCUCACUGUGUUCGGUCAUCUCUUUGCUCAGAGAAAGAUCAACUGGAUUUGGAAGAUGCAUUGUCGUCUAAACUAACAAGAGGCAAUAUCAGCGGCAAUGAUAUCGGUGACAUUGAUGGCGAUAACGAAGAUCCCUCUGUCCUACUUGCGAAAUUGGAAGCCGCAAAAGAAGUCGUAAAAUGCCUUGAGACCCAACUGGAGCGGCGGCAUCUCAAGGACUUUGCCCACAGGUCUUCCAACAACUGCCAUUCAUUGGUUUUCGCUUCAAGGUUGGAAAACCUCUUCUGUAUGGGCUCUCCUCUGGCCGUCUACUUGACCUUGAGGGGUGUGCAUCCGGGUCAAAUUGGGGCUCCCGAUGCCAUUAUGCCACGCUCAAAGUGCGCCUACAUCUACAACAUCUUCCAUCCUGCCGAUCCGGUGCGCCCUAAAUCUUGUGCUUUCCUCCUCCUUCUCCUUCUUCUUCUCAUUCUUCUCCUUCUCCUCCUCCUCCUCCUUCUCCUUCUCCUUCUCCUUCUUCUCCUUCUUUUCUUCUUCUUCUUCUUCUUCUCCUUCUUCUCUUUCUCCUUCUUCUCCUUCUCCUUCUCUUUCUCCUUCUUCUCCUUCUCCUCCUCCUUCUCCUUCUUCUCCUUCUUCUCCUCCCUCUCCCCCUCCUCCUCCUCCUCCUCGUUUGCAUUGUGGAUUCGACUAAUCUUAACACUUUGUGUUGGUGACUGUGUCGUGCAGUGGAGUUCUGCGAGUUGGCGCUUCCAUCAGCACUGCCACAACUUCACGCUUGACUCUCUCCCUCUCCCUUCUCCAUUAUGUCGACCUGCUCCUUGGCUUGAGGCUCUUCUUUUACUUUUUCCCACUGCAUCGGGCGGAUCGGAGCUUGGUGGGUCCUUUUUAACCCUCAAAAUGGCCUUUAGUUUUUUUGUCUUCUACCUCUCUUUCUCUCUCCCACUCUCUCGUCGUAAAUUUGCGUUGUCGGCCUACCGAUUGGAACCGCUGUUGUUGAAACGCUACUCCUCUAUUCCUCCUGUGGACAUCUAUCGAUGCACAGACGCGUCCAAGACUCCCUACCACCUUGCCCACACCACGAAUGGCUUGUCUCUCACUGCUCAAAAUUCUGCGCCUUCAGGAUUGUUAUACGAUGACCAAGACCAAAACUACGACUCCUCUCCGGCUCCCAGUUCGCAUUCCUUGCUGGGCUAUGGCAGUUCUUCCAUGGAUUCUCUCAAUUUUAUUGGCAGUCAAUUCAGUCGACGUCUCCCUCUUUCCUCCUUGAUGUUGGGAUUUUUCCGAAAUCAAAAAGAACCCCAAUCACAGACUACACCAUCACAACGGCAAACACCGUCUUCACCACCAACCCAAGUCUCUGCAAAACGUCACAAGUACUCUGCCCCGCCUUGUGAGCCUUCGAGAGCACACUUUUGUGUGGAGGAUGAGGGCUCAGAGGUGGAGGUGCCACCCGACUCCUCAUCCACCUUUCACUUUGAUAUCACCUCUCCUGCCUCCCCUCUUGACGGUCGUUCCUCCGAUGCUGAAGCAUUGCCCUUGUCCUUGGAAUAUCGUAUGGAUUACCAGUUGAAGGAGAGUCGAUACGAGUCCACCUACCUCUCCGCUCUCACCGUCCACACGGGGUACUGGGUGAAUGCGGACCUUGUUAUGUUUGUGCUCAUGCAGUGCCAUCCUGACUCCACGCCAAUUGACAGUCCUAUGACACCACUGUGA